CACCGACGCUGGCCUGAUGAUUGGCUUCUCAGUGCCCAUUGACCUUUAAUAACCCUAUUACAGACCCUACACAUCUCACUCCCUGCACUUUCUUGUUGAUUUCUUUUCCCUUUGGUGUCAUGGGUUGGGUUCUACGCAUCAUUCUUAUCCAUUUUCGCGGUUCGGGUGGUUGGGUGCUCAAAAUCAUGAACUUUUUUUCCCCUACUUUUUUCAACGUCUGAUAUUUAUUAUCUUCAUCAUGCGUAUCCUGGGAUGGCCUGCUGGGAACCCUGGGAUAGCCUUUACGUCUUUGUGUGUGCGUGUGUAUUGGGGAAUGGACCUUUUUUCUUGAAAACAAAAAAUAAGUAUUGGAAGUUGAAGGCUGAAAGAUGCUUGCAACGGCAUUCAUUUGUGUCAGUUGUUGAGGUUAUCGUCACCACGGCCAACAAUCGAUGGCCAUAUGCGGAGGGAUGGAAAAACGUCUUGCGGGAUGACCUUUUCUCUUUUUUUCAGUCUGAGCUAAAGGGGAAGAAACGCAUGGGUAGCUGGGAGCGAUUCUGUAGCGGCUUCAUUGCGUCCUUUACCUUUGUUAGCCCGGAUGUCCUUGUAACUUCGGGGUUUUUAUCCUCUUGUGCUGUUCAUGGCAGCGGCGUUUAGCGGUGUUUGGAGGCAAUUAUGUAGUAGCUUUAAAUGUGCGGGAAAUGGAGUUGCA